UUCUUCUUAUGUUUUUUUUUUGAGCUCAUCAACAAUCCAUGGCCACUCGACCUCUCAUCUCUCUGCAACUCUUUUCCUCUUCUUCCUUAAACCCAACUCCAAAAUCUCUCUUCUUUCCCAACUUCACAAAACCCAAAAGAUUCUUAAGGACAAGUUGUGUUCAUUGCUCUUGCUCGGCUAAUAUCAUCACCCACCACCCUUCCCUUCUCUUCUUAAGUAGCAGCUUCGAUGGUGGUGGAUUCGUUGAUACACAGACUUUCAUUGUGACCAUCAGUCUUGUCGUUGCCAUUGCUCUCUCUCUCUUCCUCGGCUUCAAGGGAGAUCCAGUUCCAUGCGAGAGAUGUGGUGGAAACGGUGGAACCAAAUGUGUCUUCUGCUUUGAAGGUAAGAUGAAAGUAGACUCUGGUAUGGUUGACUGCAAAGUCUGCAAAGGUUCAGGUUUGAUUUUCUGCAAGAAAUGUGGAGGUUCUGGAUAUUCCCGCCGUUUAUAAAUAAUUAUAUUAUAACUUGUUUACUAUUACAAUGAAAUUGUUUUCAACAUUUGAUAUUUUGGACUAUAUGAUAACUUUUCUAACUUGUUUAUACUCAUAUAACUAUAAUGUGGACCAUUCAAGUGAUGGAUACCCAAAGAAAAAGUAAAAGUUUCUGAGGAGUUC